AUGCAGCGGUUGGCGCACCUGGCCCUCGUCGGAGAAGUCAGACCACGAUGUAGUGACGAGCCGCAGGGCGCGCGCUGCUGGUCACCGGACACCGAGGUGCGCGCACCUGCCCCGGGGGCGCCGACCUCACGGGCCCACCUCACGGGCCCACCUCAGGGGCCCGCCUCACGGGCCCACCUCAUGGGCCGACCUCACGGGCCCACCUCACGGGCCGACCUCAAGGGGCCACCUCACGGGCCCACCUCACAGGCCCACCUCACGGGCCCACCUCACGCGCCCACCUCACGGGCCGACCUCACGGGCCCACCUCACGGGCCCACCUCACGCGCCCACCUCACGCGCCCACCUCACGGGCCGACCUCACGGGCCCACCUCACGGGCCGACCUCACGGGCCCACCUCACGGACCGACCUCACGGGACCACCUCACGGGCCGACCUCACGCGCCCACCUCACGGGCCGACCUCACGGGCCCACCUCACGGGCCGACCUCACGGGACCACCUAACGGGCCCACCUCACGCGCCCACCUCACGGGCCGACCUCACGGGCCCACCUCACGGGCCCACCUCACGCGCCCACCUCACGGGCCCACCUCACGGGCCCACCUCACGGGCCGACCUCACGGGCCCACCUCACGGGCCGACCUCACGGGCCCACCUCACGGGACGACCUCACGGGACCACCUCACGGGCCCACCUCACGGACCCACCUCACGGGCCCACCUCACGGGCCCACCUCACGGGCCGACCUCACGGGUCCACCUCACGGGCCCACCUCACGGGCCCACCUCACGGGCCCACCUCACGGGCUCACCUCACGGGCCCAUCUCACGGGCCCACCUCACGGGCCCACCUCACAGGCCCACCUCACGAGCCCACCUCACGGGCCCACCUCACGGGCCCAUCUCACGGGCCCACCUCACGGGCCCACCUCACGGGCCCACCUCACGAGCCCACCUCACGGGCCCACCUCACGGGCCGACCUCACGGGCCCACCUCACGAACCGACCUCACGGGCCCACCUCACGGGCCCACCUCACGGGACCACCUCACGGACCCACCUCACGGGCCCACCUCACGGGCCGACUUCACGGGCUAAUUUUCCCGGUCGAUAUGAAUUGUGGAAAUGAAGAAGUCUCGGGAGAGACCGACUGGAUAACCUCGAGCAGCUCACGCCGGGAGCUGCGAAGGUCCGGUCCGGCGCGGGACGGGAGAGUCCGGCACGCGGGCGCCCCUCCCCCGCGCCGCAAGGUCGCUGGUUCGUGUCCGGGCUACAGGGCCGUACCUCAGGCCCGCCUGUCCGCGCAGUGGGCCCGGCCUCGCCGCUUCGCAGACACCGGCCUCCUCCCCAGGUAA